GGGAUACGGAUCGGAAUACUGAUAAACUUCCUCGUCAGUUUGCCCUUUAGCCCACCCGCACCGCCGCCGCAACCGCCUCCGGCGAUCCCCAUCCAUCCCGCGCCGCGAGCGGAGCAGGGCGCCGCCGUUCGUUCGCCCUGCUGCUUCUCCCGCCGCAUCCAUCCCGGUUAUAUAUCUAUUUAUUCAAGUGUGAGGUAGUUGGAUAGAAAGCAAAAGUCCCUGGUGCAAACAACUUUAGGUGUCCUGUGUCCCGGUAUUUGAUUUUGUUUCAUGCAACGGACAUUGGGGGCAGGAUAAGUCGAGUCAUGGGAAAAUCCGAGCAUGGCAAUCUACUGGUAUCUCUCAGUGAUGGGCUGCCCCAUUAUAGUCUUGCAGCAGCAGUUGGCCUGGCAAUAGGAGUUGCUGGGUUGUGCAAGGCGCUGCAUAGCAGCUUGGUGAUACCACCAGUUUCUCAGAAGAAGUUACUUUCGAACUCAGAUAGACUUUAUUACACUGGAGGCCUGAAAAAUCUUGGCAACAAUUGCUUUCUUAAUGUUAUCCUGCAGGCACUUGCUAGCUGUGACGGGUUUGUUUCCUCUCUAGAUAAUUUGCUUGGAAGUGAGGAUGUGCUACCUGAGGAAAAGUCCGAAAAAAUGCCUCUUAUUUUUGCUCUAAGUUCUCUUAUAAAAGACUUGAGCGUAGUUCGAGACAAAAGGACUGAACUGAGUCCACACAGAGUAAUGGAUGCUUUGAGCUUCUACGUCGGCCACUUUAAUUUGACAAGAGAGCAGGAUGCUUCGGAAGCCUUUCAUCAUCUUUUGACCUCACUGAGGGAUGAAUUUUCCCGUUGUUAUGUACCAAAUAGGAGUUCUCUGGCAGACAUCACCAUGUUUCCUUCCAAAGUAUAUAGUCAAAGGGAAGGUAACCAGCCUGAAUGCAAGCGAUGGAAACAAAACCUAUUUGGUCCCUUUGAUGGGACUAUUGGCAGCAUAUUAUCUUGCAGAAAUUGUUCAUCUGUGCUGUCAUUGGACUUCGAAAAUUUCUACUGCUUGCCUCUCUCACCUGUGGCUACUAUAAAUGGAGAUAUUAUCAAUGGAUGUAGUUUGGUGGAUUGCCUUGAGCACUUUACGGCGUUGGAGCAUCUUGACAACUAUCGUUGUGAUCAUUGUUGGCACAAUGUUGCUGCCAAAUAUUUGUCUCUUAAAUCCGAAGUUGAUGAGGAAAAAAUUAACAAACUACACACCUGUGUCGACUAUGGCACUUGCAGUUGCAGGCAUAUAUUUACCCCGGAGGAAAUGACAUGUUCGAUAUCUUCUCAGGCAACAAAGCAGCUGGCUAUCACUCAUUUCCCAAAGAUCUUGUGCAUUCAUUUGCUACGCGCUUCUGUUGGUCUAGAUGGUGAAUUUGUUAAGCGUGGGGGACACAUUUCUUUCCCUUUACUUCUUGAUCUUUCACCAUUUGCUGGUGGUGCAUUAAUCCCUGGACAGGGACCUAAACCUUCAGCAAUGAACAAGCAAAGACAUGGCCAGCAAACUCUCCAUCUGUGGCGACAGCUGAAUGCAGAGAUGCCUGUGAAUAUGUUCCCCGCUGCCACUGAUGGGGACUCAUCAAGUCAUCAUUGUGGUGAUGAAUCAAUAAACACACUUGGACGCUCAUUUUACGUGGGAAAUAGGGAUGCAGAUAGUAGGUUCUUGUCUUCAUCAUCAUUGACAGACAAGUUAUAUGGCCUCUCAUCUGUCGUGGAACACUACGGCGUAUGUGGAGGUGGGCAUUAUGCAGCUUACCGGAGAGUAACGCCAAAUUCGGAUUCUAAUGAACCAGUGCAAUCUCUUGCAAGUUUUAGAAAGGAGUGGCUUUACGUCUCGGAUGAUCAUGUGUCCCAUGUUUCAGAGUGUGAAGUUUUGGCAGCGGAGGCCACCCUGCUUUUCUACGAAAGGCUGUAGCAACCUGUUGAGUAGUAAAUUAACUUCUUUUCUGGACAAUGGAAGUAUAACUUCCAGCCUCUGCAACAACUAAGAACACAUACAACCAUGUCUAUGAACACUAGGAUUUGAACCUUGGUGGGUGGAUCCACGACUCCACCACCACAUCAACGGGAAGCACGCUUCCCUAGUAAAUUUACUUAGGGACAACACAUUUUUUAGGGAGAUCUCCAAAAAAGUUUAUGAAUAAUUGAUACUCUUUUGUUUGAGAACUUAAUCUUGAAUAAAGAAUCAUCAACUCAUUCUUUUUUUUCCUGACCUCGUGGAGUUUGUUCUAGUAGAGAUGAAAUACGAGAAUCAAUUGAUCAA